AUGAAGUGGAGCGUCCGCGGGGCCUGCGCCGCGCUCUGCUCCUGCCUCCUGCUCGCCUGCGCGCUCAGCGCCGCCGCCGUCGGCCUCAAGUGCUUCUCGCUGGGCGCGGAGCUGCGCGGGGAGCCGUUCCGCCUGGGGGCCGCGGCCGGCGCCUUCUACUCGGGGCUGCUGCUGGCCGCCGGCCUCUCGCUGCUCGGCGCCGCCCUGCUGUGCUGCGGGCCGCGGGCCGCUCGGCUCGCGGGCCCGGGCGCGGGGGCUCCGGAGGCCGCUGCGGGCGAGCCGGGCGCCGCGGCCGGGCCCCCGGGGCCGGCGCGCAGCCAGAACCUGCUGCUGCUCGGCGUCCUGGUCUUCAUGCUCGGGGUGCUGAGCGCCUUCGCGGGCGCGGUCAUCGACGGCGACACCGUGGCCCUGGUGGAGCGCAAGUACUCGCACUUCUGCCUGCCCCCGCGCGCCCCGGACGGCGCCUCGGCCGCGGGCUGCCGCCGGCUCAAGGACUACCAGCGCGGCCUGGUGCUGUCCACCGUCUUCAACGCGCUCGAGUGCCUGCUGGGCCUGCUCAGCCUCCUGCUGGUCAAGAGCUACCGCUCGUCGCAGGCCCGGCGCGGCCGGCGCGCCCGGCGGAGGGGAGGCCGGGCCCCGGCGCGGCCCCGCGGCGGCCCCGGGCUCCGGGCGCGGCGGGGCCGGCGGGGCCGGCGCGGGCGAAGGCUGCAGCCGCGGCCGAGCGAGGCCCCCAUCCUGUCCCCGGAGGAGGCCGACCUCGCGGGCCCGGGGGACUGCGCGGGGCUCGCGGCGCUCCAGGCCGUCUCCUACAUCAACGUGGGCGGCUUCGGCGCGCUGGACGAGGCGGGCGCCGAGGUGCGCUGCGGCGGGCACCCGUCGGUGGAGCUGCCGGGCUACGCGCCCUCGGACCCCGACCUCGACGCCUCCUACCCCUACUGCUGCCGGCCGCCCUGGGAGCCGAGUUUCUGUCCCGCGUCGUUCGUGCCCGGGCUCCGCUUCAAGUUCACGGCCAGUGUUUGGGGCCGGCCGCCCCCUCCGCACCUCGCCCGGGCGAGCCCCAUCGCUGGGGCCGCGCUCGCGACGGUCCGGUCCGAGGCGGGCGACCGCACGCGAAGGACAGAAACACAAAGCGGCUGGCACUUCGGGAAUGACAGACUCGGGGACACAGCCAGCUGCGACACUUGGCCCGCGGAUAUGGAUGUGGGGACGCGGUCAGAGCUCUGCCAGGGUGAGCGCAAGUACUUGAGGCGAUCCAACCGUGUGGCAUUGCCAGGGGCUUCCUGCUCCCUGGGCAGAGACCUCAGUGGCGGCUGCAAGACUGACCUCCCAGAGCCGCACAGCAGGGGCGGCCUGGCCGGUCUGAACGGGGUGAACACGGGCAGCAGAGUUGCAAGCAUUCCAACCUCCCGUGUGCUUUUUGUUCUCUGA